CCCCAAAGAAAAGCUGUGAAAAUGUGGCAAGAAAACGAGAAACGCGAGGGAUGGCAGGGCAGCGACUGCCAAAACUGAUUUCAAUCGCACACAUGUGGUGCCUGUUCCUCGAAAUCCCACCUUUUAGCAACCUCCUCUCGCCACAUUCCGCCUCCUUCGGGGGAAAGAAACUUUUGUUUCAAAAUUUUCAACAUAAAUUCAAUUAGUAAGCAAUGCCACAGAAGUAAAUAUUGAAGUGGGCUGGGGUGAAGUAUCCACGUGGAGAUGGGUCUGCGAGCCUACAUUUUGGGACACGUGAGGCAAUGGCUGCUCCUGUGGCAACGGAAAACCGUUUGAAAUUCUCACGCAUUGCGCCAAAAGCGUUUAAGCUUUGAAACCGUAUUUGAUUGCACCUGACACAUGUCAUGUGUAACUAAGGAGUCGCCACCAACCAGCAAUAGCAAAAGCAAUGGCAAUAGCAAUAGCAGCUACAACAGUAACAGCAACCAAAGUGGUUCCUGCCACACACAAGCAACAACAACCAAUACAAUAACAACAACAACAACGGUAAGAGACCGGAAUGGAGGGGAAAUCACCUGGAGAGCAACAAGCGGAAACUGCGGUCUGAUGAAUAUCCCGCAGUGAAAUGCACUGAAAUUGUCUCCCAAAACGGGCGAAAAUUAAAUGCAGCGGAGGGGCGAGUUUUGCAGUGAGUGUGCUAUUAAUCCAAUUAAUUGCGGACUAUAAACGUUUAAUGAUUGUGCAAA